AUGCCUCCCUGCCAAAUCCGGAGAUACCAGGACCAAGACUGGCAUGUGGUGAGGACAAUAUUCACGGAGGGAAUGAUGCAGCUAAGUGAUGACCACUUCUGGCAUCAGCUGAAACGGCCCAGAAGCUUCCUGCUCCUGCUGGGGGGUCCUGGGGCCCUGUUCCUUGGCUCUGGAUCCCUCCUCCUGUUUCUCCUGGCCCUCCUGGGUCUCUUGGCUAUCCUGUGGCUGAUUGCUAGGUAUCCUUUUUCCUCUUAUGCAGACCACACUCUGCACACUGACAUGUGGGACAUCAGGGCAUCCUACCUCAGUGACAGAGGAUCCUGCUUCUGGGUGGCCGCGUCACGGGGACAGGUGGUGGGCUUGGUGUGUGCCCGCCCAGCACAAGAGGUUUCAGGAAGACAGAAGCAUCUGGUGCUGCUACACUUAUCUGUGAGACGGGACCACCAGGGUCAGGGCAUCGCCAAAACCUUGACUCAGACUGUGCUGCAUUUUGCCCAGGACAAGGGGUACAAUGAUAUUGUCCUGACUACUUGCAGCUGGCAUUCUUCAGCAAGAAGACUGUAUGAGAGUCUUGGCUUUGGGAAAUCCCAUGAAAUACCGAAUGCCCCCAAAUGGCCCAUCACAGCCCUUUCUUUAGCUCAUUACAAAUAUGCCUUGUCCCCCUCUUCCUGA